AAUAGACUACAAUGCAAUAAGACCAAUAUUCGGUACAAACACUUCGRAGUUUYCUGAAUGGAAAUCGUCGGAUUUCUUCKKAAUCAAACCAACUGUUUGCUUAUUUAGAAGAUAAUAGUUUCCAUGCAAAUAUUUAUUUUUAUUUAUUGAAUGAUUUCGCAGUUUUUUGAGAACUUUCUAUUUAUAUUUUAUACAAGUUUUUAAUGCUCUAGUUGGCUUCUUGGCAACCGUCUUUUUAACAUGUGGCGUUUUGCACGAAAUUUGACAUCUUCUUCAGCGGGGGUUCUGAAGGAUGAUGAAUCAAAGUAUAGACGUCUUCCAGCUGGUCAAAGUGUAAUUCAAGUGUCAAGUCGUCUACUUUAUGUCAUUGUUGGGUGUCUAGUGUUUGGUGUUCUUCUUCUGUUAAUAAAUGUAAUGCAGCUUAAGAGUUUUAAUACUUAUGGUAGUAACUUGAUKGGUGAUCGACCUGUUGCAUGGGUUUAUGCACCCAAUAUAAAUAGCGGAUAUCUGAAUCACCUUCUCAAUGUUCUAAGUCGCGUAGGAUAUCUGCGUACAGAUAAUAAGAAUAUUAAAUGGGAUCUGUUAUGGUCACAUGACUACCCGUUUUCUCUCAAUUUUAUAAAGGAGGAUCUUAAACARCUAGAAGCUCAUCAAAAGGUUAAUCAUUUUCCUGGUUCAGGUUUUAUCAGUAGUAAAUCCAGUCUUGCWACUUCUCAUUUUCCCUUUCAUCCCAUUGCAUUUUCUAUACCAAAAGAUAAAGAUAAGUUUCUUAAAGAGGUCAAAAACUUCCCUGGUAAAAUGUGGGUUGAAAAAAGUAACAGCCAUCGAGGGAUAAGGAUAAAGUCUUCCCAAGAAAUUGAUUUGUCUGGCACAUCAAAGGACUCUUUUGUGGAGGAGUUUAUUUCUAAUCCUUAUCUUAUUGAUGGCAGAAAGUUUGACAUUGGUAUCUACACUGUCGUGACAUCAAUCAACCCAUUGAGAGUUUACAUAUUUGAGAAUGAAGUCUUAAUAAGGUUUUGUUUAAAAGAUUACAAACCUUUAGAUCCAAAAGAUCCAGACCAAUAUGUUAUUAGUGAUGAAUAUACACAACCCUGGAAGUUGCCAUCAUUGUACUCAAUGUGGAAGACUGGAAGGUUCUCAAGAAAAGACCUGAUUUUAACACACAUCAAGAAAGAAGGAAAAGAUGCUGAUAAAGUCUGGAAAGACAUGUUGAAUGCUAUUCGUGAGGUUUACAUCAAGAAAGAAGCAAACUUCAUUGCAUCGACCAGUACUUACAGAUCUUCCAGGAAUUUCUUUGAAAUGGUUCGUUUUGAUUUUAUCCUGGACGAGGACAUGAACGUCUGGCUGAUGGAGGCGAAUAUGUCGCCCAAUCUGUCAUCAUCGAUGCAUGCUGAAAAUGCUGUUAUGUACGAGCAGGUUAUCUUCAAUCUCUUUGGUUUGGUCGGCGUGGCAAAUCGACUUGCACACACUGGGUUAGCCAGCUCAGAAGCUGAACGUCGUAUGAUGGUUAAUGACUAUGAUAUAGCUACCUCCUAUGACGUUUGCUCCAGUAAGGCCUGCAAAACAUCSUGUAUUGAUCAGGCUUGCCAAGUKUGUUACUCUUGUCUGACAGAAGAACAGCGAUUCUWCAUCAAAAUGGCGUACUCUGAGCAUGUGAAUAGAGGGGGCUUUCGUCGUGUWUACCCACCCCCUGUGACCCAAGCUGAAGCUCGUAAGAAMAAGCCUUCUCCGAACCUUAGUCCAUCUAAUUAUCUCAUGGAAGAAUGGUUCAGACAGAAGUGUCUGCAUGACCCAUCAUGGUGUCAGUAGUCAUGGGCUUCCUGUGGUAUCUCAACACUGGGACAAUGAGAACAAAGCACUUUAAAGGACCGAUAAAUAACGAUUAUUAUAAGAACCACUGAUACAAUAAUAUUUGAUAAAAGAUAAUGUCAAGACUUAACGGCCAUGGGAAAUUCAUUUCCUCUACCCUA